GCAAAAACAUAAUUAUAAAAUAGAAUGUGAAUAUAUAACUGCACUUGGUGUCGUUAGAGCCGAGAGAAUUGGAUAAUCGUUUAAUUAUUUACGGCUAGAAAAAGCAAGGGUAUCGAUUACCGGAGCUACGUAACGUCAAUUAAACUUCGAUAUCCUACAUUUUUCGAAUUCCCCUUCCACGGCAUUGUUUUCCGAUCGCGCAUUGGCACGUCGUUGGACUUGUUUCCUCUCUCUCUCCGCGUUUAUUCGCGAUGAACGGCAUUCACUCUCUCGCACAAUCGACCAGUGGCGUACGCGCGAUUCUCCGUGCCCUAACCUCGAAAUAAAUUGUUCCUUCUGCUCCGAAAUGAAUCGGAGCAGCAGCAGCGACUUGACGCAGCCUUGAUCGAGAAGAGACACGGUCGGUGUGUGUGUAGCAGUGUAGGUACCGGGUUCACACAGUCCAUUUCCCGAGCUCUCCGUAUCUCUCUCCGUCUUCUUCCCGCAGCUGCAACGCGGACUCUCUCGCCUUAUAGCCAUACAGUAUACACACUGCAUCAGCCAACGCGAAAAAACAAGGAGGAGCUAUAUACCGUCUCCGGAUAGGUAUAUAGUGGAAUCGCAUCGGGCACAGGACGACAACACGACACGUACCAACGUCUGACGCGUGAGCACGCGCGGCAAAUGUCAGGCCACGACGGGCCUCCGGAGUCUGCGAACGAUCUCCUCCUGUGACGACACGCGCACUACCUUCGAGAGAAGACGACGAGCAGCCGUCAUGGACGGACACCAGGUGCGAGCCCUUUACGACUUCUCCGGGGAGCCUGGAUCUGCCGAGCUCUCCAUCACGGCUGGAGAGGUGUUGACUGUUAUGAGAGAUAACGUUGGAGAUGGAUGGUGCGAAGGUUUUAAUCAGGGUGGACAAUCUGGACUGUUUCCUGCUGCCUAUGUACAACUUAUCGAGGCUACUGCUCCCACAACAGGCAACAUGGUGAAUUCACAACAAAGCACAGGUGAUUACUGGGACGAUGACUGGGACGACGAUUCAGAAAUAGGUCAGACCCAGGCCUAUGUUCCACCUGUUCAACAGCAGCCAAGUCUGCAGUCGGCCCAGUCUGGCAGUACAGAAUAUGGUGACUCUGUGUCAAUGCAUACUGUUCACUCUGUUAUUCCUGAAAGAUCUAUUCCCAAUGUACCAAAGAAGAACAACAAGUUCACUGCUCUGGUCAAGUCAGGCGAAGAGGGCUUCUUGCUCAGCUCCAAGUUAGUCGUCGUUCCAGAAUCUGAGAAAAUAUACGUAGAGGAGGUAGAGAGUGGAAGGUUUUCUUGGGCUCAAACUGGAGAAAGCUACAACUGCGUCGUGACUUCUCCCAAAAAAGAGUCCAAGCUCAAGGGCUUAAAAAGUUUCAUUGUUUAUCAGCUCACCCCCACGUUCAACAACAUACAAGUAUCACGCAGGUACAAGCACUUCGACUGGCUGCACGAGCGUCUCGAAGAAAAGUUCUGUUUCAUCCCCAUACCGCCUCUGCCCGACAAGCAGAUAUCUGGCCGCUACGAAGAGCAGUUCAUCGAGCACCGGCGCACUCAGCUUCAGGAGUUCGUCGACUACGUCUGCAGGCAUCCCGUACUGUCGAGGAGCCGAGUCUGGCAGCACUUUAUCACGUGCACGGAUGAGAAACGUUGGAAAGCCGGCAAACGAGCAGCCGAGAAAGACGAGUUCCUCGGCGUCACUUACUUCCAUGGCGUCCAGUGCCCGGAUACACCACUCGAUGCUAUCAAAGUUGAGUUCCAGACCGAUGCCUUCGCUAGGUUUAUCGCGGGGCUGGACCCGGUGGUCAAGAGUUUCAUGGCGAUGGCAACAGAUCAGGCGAAGAAGCAUCAGGUGUUGUAUAAGCGAGAGUUUCAGAAGAUCGGUCAGUGUUUUGUGUCAUUGGGCAAUGCUCUGGAAGCCGACGACGCAGGUCGAUCACGUCAUACGCUUAAUCAGGCUCUCAAGGACACGGGAGAGGCUUACAACGAGAUAGGAAAGUUGUACGAGGAGCAACCAAAAUACGACUGGGAACCGCUCGCCGACAAGUUCCAUAUCUAUCGAGGCAUAAUCAGCAGCUUCCCUGAUGUCAUCGGCAUUCACAAGAGCGCCGUGCAAAAGCGGAAGGACUGCGAGAGGCUGGUGAACGAGCACAAGAUGGAAUCGGCACAGUUACGAGAACUGAACCACAGGACAGACGUGAUAGCCCGGGCGCUCGGUGCCGAAGAGACACACUUCCAGUCAGAACGCGAGAUCCACAUCACGCAGGCGAUGAAGAGUCAUCUCGUCGAGCAAAUAAACUUCUACCAGAAGAUCGUGGAUAAGUUGCAGGAGGCGCUCAACUCCUUCGACUGAAAUCUAGAUAAUCAAGAGUAUCAAUAGUUAAAGAGCUGAUCUUGCACAAUUGAAUGAAGCGUCUAACUGGUGACUCUUCGCUUUGACGGUGCGGUGCAUUCGCGAUGUUCGCACGCGUCACGCACGCUUACUCGGGGGAGAAGUUUGUCGAAUUUUGAGCAUAUGUACGCACAAUCAUGAUCGGCGUACUUAUGCGCAUACAACAUUGUUCGAUUUUUCCUCAGGCAAUAAUUACGAAAUUUACGGAUCAUUUUUAAUUCGUGUUCUGCUAUCUAUUUUCGGGCUAACGUGCAACAAAGAGGGUGGUUAUAUGUGACUAUAAGUGUUGAGAAUGUUCACAGAAUCUGUUGUAUUUUUUUGCAGAAAAAUAUUGUUAAUAUUUCUUGGAUGUACAUAUUUGUGACUUGAAGAGGCAGCAUUAAAGGCUUGAACCGAGUUUUAUUUUUAUCUUCGCGAAUUUCGAGCGGAAAAAUUCGUUAAAAAUGAUUCGUACAUUUUAAGAUGUUUGCAAUGAUAUUUUCGAACCAAGGAUUUGCCUUUAGCUUAUCGUAAAUGAUAAUGAAUCACUUUGCAAAGCGAUUUCAAUAUAGAUGAAAUCGCUGUCACUUGCAUUUUUCUCUGAUCUAUACAGACUGUAAGAUAUACAAAUUGUAAUUAUGACGUUGAUAUCAAUAUUAUGUAAAUGAAUUGUGUAUAUUACUUAUAACUAAGAUAAUGCGUCUAGUGGGCAACAUUUUAUUCUAAUCGAUGUUCUUCUAAGAACAGUUUUACAAAACUCGUAUUUUUGUAUGAAAGAUUUUUCGAACCUAUGCGGUGGACUACUUCUUAAAAAAUAUAGCUAUCGCAACAUAUUUUUAGGAACAAAAUGUGAACCGUCUAUAACAUGAACUUAUUCCUCGAAUUUUCGAAGAAUUUUUUCCACUAGAAUCUCGAUGCCGUUGGGAGCCUUUUAAAUAAUCAUGAUAAAGCAAAAAAUACGGAAGCAAGAAGUGUGCCUGCCUGAACGUCUAAAAAGAGUUUAUCAAACUAACUAUUCUUGUAACAAAACAAAAGCAUUAUUUUUGUUUGAAAACGUGUUUUUCCCGCCUAGGAAAUCGAUAAAGAAUCAUUAGUAAGUUAUUUUAAUGUCACUUUGUCCAGAAAAUAUUUGUAUUUCUAUAAAUGUGUUAACCUUGAAAACAAAAUUAAAUAUAAUAUUGAAAACUGGAAACGAUCUAUGCUAAA